UGACUUCCCAGAGGCCGACUUUUUCCACUGGGUCACACUUUUUCUAGAGCGUCCCUCUGCUUCAGAGAAUUGUCUUGUUAAUAAAAUCCGGAGCAUUCAGCUUGAACCCGUGCUGCUUUUCCUCUUUCCAGCGUGCGUAAUUACUAUCCAGGAUCGAUAGAAGCGUCCAAAAGCGAGAUCACAACAACGCAGAGGCGAGGAUUCAAGACAAACUUCCUUGGAAAGAUGAAAUCCGAAUUGGAAAUCUGCUUGGUGUUCCUCACGCUGUACGUCCCCGGCGUGCUGUCCUUCUCAUCACAGGUGGCAGCCAUCUACCCCCAGGACCCCGCCCUGCCCAUUGGCUCCAGCCUAACCGCCACUUGUCGGGUCAACCCUGACCUCGGCCUCCACGCCAGCUCUCUGUUCUGGACGCUGAAUGGCCGGCGACUGCCCAGCUCCUCCUACAGCGUGCUGAGUCCAACCGCCCUCAGCGUGACGCUGGCCCAGCUCCCCGCCUCCCGGCAGCGCUCCGGUGACAACCUGGUCUGUCACAACCCCGGGGGACACGUCUUGGCCGGCUCCUGCCUCUAUGUCGGCAUGCCUCCAGAGAAGCCGGUCAAUCUGACCUGUUGGUCCCGGAACACCAAGGACCUGACUUGCCGCUGGGCUCCUGGAGGACAGGGAGAGACCUUCAUCAGGACAAAAUACACACUCAAGUACAAGCUCAGGUGGUACGGUAAGGAGAGGGAGUGUGAGGACUACAGUCACACCCUGCCCUACUCCUGCUACAUCCCCCGCGACCUGGCCCUCUUCACGCCCUACGAGAUCUGGGUGGAGGCUUCCAACCAACUGGGCUCGGCUACCUCUGAUGUCAUCACAAUGGACAUCCUAGACGUGGUGACUACGGACCCCCCAUCAGGUGUGACUGUGAGUCGUGUCGGGGAGCUGGAGGACCAGCUGAGUGUUCGCUGGGAAGUCCCGCCCGCCCUCAAAGACUUCCUGUUUCAGGCCAAGUACCAGAUCCGCUACAGACUGGAGAACAGCCAAGACUGGAAGGUGAUGGAUGAUGUUGGUAACCAGACAUCUUGUCGACUGGCGGGACUGAGACCAGGAACAGUUUAUUUUGUCCAGGUUCGCUGUAACCCUGUGGGCAUUUAUGGCUCGCGCAAAGCUGGAAUCUGGAGCGAGUGGAGCCAUCCCACCGCUGCAUCCACGCCCCUCAGUGAGCGGCUGAUGUCGGGCUCCUGCGACUCAAAGUCCAGCGGAGACUCCAACUCCACCCUGCGGAGGGAGCUGAAGCAGUUCUUCAGCUGGGUGCGGAAACACGCCUACGGCUGCAGCGGCAUGUCCAUGAAGUUGUACGACCAGUGGAGAGUGUGGAUGCAGAAAUCCCACAAAGCUCGCAACCAGGUAGGUACUCCAAGGGGAUAAAUCAUAGCACACGCUACCUUUUACAAGCAAGCGACCCAGUCAAGACAGCAGAUGAGCGAGUGUGAUUUGUGUGUUUGUGUGUGUGUUUGAGAAGAAGAGACAGAAGGAGAGCGAGUGAGCUUGUAUUUGUAUGUGGGAGUUAUAAAGACAAUGCGCUCUGGAUGAUUUACAUACAUUUCCUAUUCACGGACAUGAGAGGACACCCAAUAACAAACUGUGAGAUUUGGGGUCUUCCUGUAUUUGUAUGCACCUUUCUCAGUCAAUAUGAGGACUGUUUGCCUGGCACGGUGCAAUUGGCAAGGAUUGAGAAGGUGUGAUAGUCCUGGAUGUUUCAGUAUCACUGCAUGGGAGGAGAAAGAGACCACAUGGGCUACUCUGCUUUCUAAGAGGACAUUGUGAUUUUGUGUCGGAAUAACCAUCAUCGAGGUGUGCUUAUUAUUGGCAUGCAUGACUUUGACAUGUAUAAAGACAUUGGAUGCGACUACAUAGCUGCUCUGAAUGUGCACAAAGUCGGUCAAGACAGCAGAGUCAAACAAGCUAGAAGUGUUCCUGAGGCAUAUACAGGUACUGUGUGUUCAACAGGGACCAAGACCUUUUUUGGAUCUCAUCUUAACACCCUUGGGAUCUCAUUAAUGUGACUGGUGACUCCAAUGGAUCCAAAGCUCCAUCUAGUGGUUAUUGAGGUUACACUUCUGGAAAAU